UGAAUCGCAGCGCGGCGCGCCCACGCACGCACGGACGCGCGCGCGCGGAACGGAGAACCGAUCAGAGCAGCACCGGAGAUGAGAUGAAGCGAGCUCAGAUGAGAAGAGAAAGCUCUGUUCUUCUGGAGCCGCUGCUCGUCUAGAUCCAUGUCUCGAAACACUGAUCUGCUCUGAGUUUUACUGGAGUUUAACACCGGACUCACCUGCGCGCGCGAACAGGUUCUCUGAUGGCUCUGCUUGCCCUGCUGCUGCUGCUGGGCUCGGCCUCGGCCUCGGCCUCGGCCCCGGGGCCCCAGUGGCCCCUGCAGCGUGUGCCUGUGGUUUGGCCCCAGCGGACGGAGGAGCGGCCAGCGCCUCACUUCCUGCGACCCGCUCAGCUGGAGCUCAACUCGUCCUGCGGCCCCGAGUGCCACAAGCAGGCCCCUGCUCCCAGCUACUGGGACCUGCGCCAGUUCCUGUCCUACGAAACGCUGCACUCCAGCGGACAGCUGACCGAGACCGCGGUGGGCAUCUACGGAUUCGACGCCGACGCCUUCUACACGCCCCCCGCCGGGCGCUCCAGACACAGACGCCAGAUCUUCGGUCCAGACGGCCGCUUCAGUAUCGUGGGCCAGGACUUCCUCAUGAACUACCCCUUCUCCACCGCCGUCAAGCUGUCCACCGGAUGCUCGGGGACGCUGGUGGGGGACCGGCACGUCCUCACGGCGGCGCACUGCGUUCACGACGGAAAGAACUACGUCAAGGGAGCCCAGAGGCUGAGAGUGGGCUUCCUGAAGCCGCGGCAGAAAGAGACGUCCGGCGGAAACGGCACUGGACCGGGCAAGAUGAAGUUCCAGUGGAUCCGCGUCAAGCGCACACACGUGCCCAAGGGCUGGAUCACUAACACUGGCUCGGCCAACGACAUCGGCAUGGAUUACGACUACGCCCUGCUGGAGCUGAAGAAGGCCCACAAGCGGAGACACAUGAAGCUGGGCAUCAGCCCCGCGGCCAAGCAGCUCCCCGGCAAGCGGGUGCAGUUCUCUGGGUUCGAUAACGACCGGCCGGGUCAGCUGGUGUACCGCUUCUGCGAGGCCGGGGACGAAACCUACGACCUCCUGUACCAGCACUGUGACGCCCAGCCGGGGGCCAGCGGCUCCGGGGUCUACGCCCGCAUGUGGAACCGCAGACGCCGGCGCUGGGAGCGCAAGGUCAUCGGGAUCUUCUCCGGACACCAGUGGGUGGACCUCAGCGGCACGCCUCAGGAGUUCAACGUGGCGGUGCGCAUCACGCCACUGAAAUUCGCCCAGAUCUGCUACUGGAUCAAGGGAAACUACGUGGACUGCAGAGAAGGCUGAGUAGCAGCGGAGCGCUUUGCUUUCUCUCCGUUAGCACAUAAGAUACUGUCUACGAUUUCAUGCAGGAAAGUUGCACAGUCCAGAAUAUGCAUCAAUAACUAAUAAACUCCUAAAUUCUUUGUUUUUUAACACUUGUUUAGCCUUGUGCAAAAAAGUAUGGAGUCGAAUCAGUGCCACAUACCCUUGCAAAAGAAAAAACGAAAAUAUUGAGAAAAAUAUGCGCUUUUUGCAAACAAAAAUAAAGAAUUGCAAAAGAAAUGAAAUAUUGCAAGAAAAAAAGUUUUGCAAACAAAAAUAAUUGCAAAAUAUAAUCAAUCAGAGCAAAAGCAAUGAUUUUGCAACAUUUCCCAUGGCCAUAGCUACUAGUUUAUUUGCAAAGCUGCUUUUAUUUUGCGUUUCAGUCAAGUGUGAGUGUGCGAUAACUUUCUUUUUUCCACCCCAUGUCAAAACAAUGCCAGAAAGUGAAACGUGAAGCACAAGGGAAAAAACUGUAUUCUUUAUUUUGGUUUGCAACACUUUUUUCCCUCGCAAUACUUUAUUUUUUUUACAAAAAGCACAUUUAUUUUUUCUUAAAUUUUCCUUUGCAAAACUCCAAUUCUUUUGCAAGUAUAUGUAGCAUUGAUUUGACUCCAUACAAAAGUAUUAAGUAAGGUUCUCCACCGACAGCCAUUCUAUCGUAGCAUAUAUGGUUAUAAUAUAGUAGAUGUUUUAGGAGUGCCUGAUUGUUAUUUUCCGUCUGCUGCCUUUGAUUUCACGGCUCAGGACAGUCACCGGUGAAGGACUGGAGACAGAAAGGCACGGACAUCAGCUUGUUCUGUUCGUAGCACUGAGGCGGUUUCUGUUUUCUCUAAUGUACUGAAGUGUGAGGUGCUUAUGUGGAAAUUGAGAACUACUGUAUGAGACACUGCUUUUACAGGCGUGUGUUUCCCUCUAGUGGUCAGAGACAGUUCUGCAGAGGUCCACACACACAAACACACUGUAAAUCAAAGACAUGAGUGGAUAUCAGCUCCUGAUCGGCACUUUGAUGUUUAUUCAUUCAAUGGCACUAAUCAUUUGAAGAAUUUUAAUGCCCUCUGUUAUGCACAACAUUAAAAGCUUUUGCAAAAAAUCAAAGCACCAGUCAUGAAUGAGAAUUAACCAUAGGAACAGCUCAGAUUAGACAUAUUCAUGUGUGAUCCACAACUGAUUGUUUUUAUAAAGGCACAACGCUUGUCGAGAACAUGGCCAGCUCAUAUUUCACCUGAACAUCGUAAGAAAACAGAGCUUAUUUUUAAGGCACUUUGAAAUUAAGCACUCCUCAAAUUCUCAUGACUGCAAUAUGAAAAACAAAUAUACCGUCAUAAUAUAAAUAAAAUCUAACUGGUUUAA